AUGUCUUGGACAGUACGUGCUCUAUCUUUCACAGGACGGCUCCAGCUUAUCUCAACUGUGAUCUCCGGACUUAUCAACUUCUGGACUUCAGCAUAUAUACUACCAAAAGCUUGUCUAGCAGAAAAUGAUUCUCUUUGUGCUAGAUUCCUUUGGAAAGGAAAACUUGACGGCAGUGGCGCUUCAAAGGUGGCUUGGAUCACGUGCACAACACCAAAAGAAGAGGGAGGACUCGGACUUAAAAAUUGGGUUGUGUGGAACACAGUGUGUGCCCUCAAGCUCAUCUGGUUGUUGUUCUUCAAGUCUAAUUCAAUAUUGGCCUCGUGGAUUAUCACAGAAGUUCUUGAUGGUGACAUCGGCAGAUUCUGGGUGAUUAAUACAAAGCAAAAACACUCUUGGUUAGCCAAUCACCUCCUAUCACUUAGAGACACCAUCUUCCCUUGGAUGAAGAUUGCAGUAGGAAAUGGUGAGACAACUUACUUCUGGACGAGCAACUGGUCUCCAUUUGGGAACAUAAGAAACUAUUUGCAAGGCGAAGGACCUCGUCACUUUGGAAUCCCUCCAAUGACAACUCUGGCUGAACUUUGGAAAGAUGACAAUUGGAAUCUACCUCCUGCACUUUCAAAAAGGCAGGUUAAUAUCCAAACAUUCUUAACCACGAUUUCACUAUCGCACGCUCGUGAUGAAUACUCAUGGGAACCGAACAGUAAUAUAUCAAACACUUACUCGGCAAGGAGGAUAUAUGAUUUGUUGCGUGUAGUUGUGCCUCCUGUGUCUUGGCACAAAGAGGUCUGGUUCUCAGGUGGAAUUCCAAAGCACAGAUUUAUAACUUGGCUAUUUGUUCUGGAUUGCUGCCCGACAAAAGACAGAAUGGCUUCCUGGGGGCUAGAUGUAAACAGGGGAUGUGUUUUGUGUAAUUGUGCGCAAGAGUCAAGAGACCACUUGUUCUUCAACUGCCCCUUCACUUCCGACAUUUGGGAAUUCCUAACUCAAAGAAGCCCCAUCAAUACCCCUUCCAAUUGGCAAGAUGUCCUCUCAAUUCUGAGAUCGACUGCUAUGACUAAACCGUGGCGCCUUCUCACCCUCCUCUAUUGGCAAGCAGUAAUCUACUUCUCCUGGUCUGAACGUAACAGCCGCAUUCAUCGUUCCACCUUCCGUCAGGUUUCAGCGAUCAAAAAAGACAUUAACAAAGUUAUCAGGUUGAAAAUCGCAGCAAUACGACUAAAGGACCCGUCCCUUUCAUCUGCAAUGUACCAAGCUUGGAUUUCAUAA